AUGUUUCGCUUUCGCCGGUAUCGAGUCUACCUGAUCUUUUCUAUCAUAUCGAUCCUCGCCAUCAUCCAUUUCUCUGGGUUUGGCGAGUGGUCGUCCUCGUCCUUUACGCCCUCCGUCCCAGCCCUGAAGCCCGAAAGCCGUCCGCAAGCACCGGCUCAGGAGCAGAAACCAAAGCCAAAGCCUGUACCGCAGCCAGUGCCUCCGACGCUCAAGAAUGAGCAAGAUCCAGAGGUCCCGGCCCCUGAAAAGGGAGCGGCUGCUAAACCUACCACGCCCGUCGUGAAUGGCGGGAAAGGAUUGCCUACGCCCACGAAACCUGAGGCGCCCGUACCUCCAGUCGAUGUGCCGGAUAACGAGGUUCCUAUGAUGGGAGGACAGGGAAGACAGGACGUCGACGGCUCGGACAAGACUGGCGAGAGAUGGGAGAAGCAACCAGAGCGUUUCCCCGUCGCCUCGACCAAGGUCAUCCCAUUGCCUACCGGAGCAGCGAAAAAGCUUCCCAAAAUCCAAUUCGAGUUCGCCGCUGAGUCGGCCGCAUCCAAGGUGGCACGAGAGGAGAAAUUGGUUCAGAUCAAGAGUUCGUUGAAACGGUCGUGGGAUGGCUACAGGAAACAUGCAUGGACUCACGACGAGGUACGGCCUGAGUCUGGUGGCUACCGGGACCCCUUUAUGGGCUGGGGCGCUACGCUGGUCGACUCCCUCGACACGCUUUGGAUUGCUGGAAUGAGGGAGGAGUUUGAAGAGGCCGUACGGGCCGUUGGGAAUCUCGACUUCAAGACGAGCAAGCGGAAAGAUAUUCCCUUGUUCGAGACCGUCAUCCGCUAUCUUGGUGGCUUAAUCGGCGCAUACGAUAUAUCGGACGGGCAGUACAGGACUCUCCUGGACAAGGCCAUUGAGUUGGCCGAGAUCUUGAUGGGUGCAUUUGAUACGCCAAACAGGAUGCCGGUUACCUACUACAUGUGGGCUCCUGCAUACGCAUCGCAGCCACAUCGAGCGGGCCAUAGGGUUGUUCUGGCUGAGAUCGGCUCUCUGUCAAUCGAGUUUACUAGGUUGGCUCAGAUCACACAGAACAAUCGCUACUACGAUGCCAUAGCGCGCAUCACAAACGCACUCGAGAAAUGGCAGCCUGAUACAAGCAUUCCGGGCCUCUGGCCAUCGUUCAUUGACGCUUCUGGGUGCAAGAAGGUCAAGAAGAAACCGAUAGUGCAGAAUCCCGAUUCUCUAAGAGACAGCCCAGAUAAUUCCGGGGCUCCCUCACAUGCCAACCCCCACGGAAAGCGAGACGAGACCGAGUUACAGGGCCGGCCUUUGCUACCUGGUGAGGAGCCUGCGAAUUAUGAAAAGCGACCGUCUGUGCCGGAUCUCAGUACGGCACCUCCCUGGAAAGUAAACAUGCCUUCCAAGCCUACCCAGAACCAAGACCCGGACUUUGAUGACGAGGAACAUUGUGAAGACCAAGGCCUUACGUACCCUCCAGGAGUACUCAGUGCAACCUAUACCGUGGGCAGUCUCGCGGAUUCAGCAUACGAGUAUCUUCCAAAAACAUAUGCACUCCUUGGUGGUCUGAAUGACCAGUAUAAGAGUAUGUACCAACAGUCCAGGGAUGCUAUCAUGAAGCAUAUUGCUUUUAGACCAAUGCUUCCAGACUCAAAGGACAUUCUUUUCGUUUCAGAAGCAACCACCACCCUCAUGGAAGGUGAUACCAGGCCGUUCAGAUACAAAUAUCGUGGUUCCCAUCUUGGCUGUUUCGUUGGCGGCAUGUUUGGUGUUGGAUCCAGGCUCUUUGGUCUAACCCAAGAUCUCGAUAUUGCAGCAAAGAUGGCCGAUGCCUGUGUUUGGGCAUACAAUUCUACGGCCUCGCAUAUCAUGCCCGAGGAAUUUACGGUUCUCCCGUGCGACGACGUGAAGGGGUGCGAGUGGAAUCAGACCGCGUACCUUGACGAUAUAUAUAAAAACAACCAGGCCGGCAUCGAUUCACUUAUGGUGAGAAAGAACAGUGAAGAAGCCGUUGUGAGAAAUCCGACCGCCACAUACACAGCCGGUCGCCCGAUGCUGCCAACGCCACUUUAUCCAAACAAACAGGACAUGGCCCCAGUUCAAAAGACACAGUCUCCCACUGUAGGUCUUGCAAAACGGAUGGCCCCAGACGAAACAGCUAUCCCUGACCCAAUCGUCGCGGAUCCGACCAAGGCAGUUCCGGGUGGAGCUCCUGUAGCCACCUCGACCGCUGCCUCGCACGCACAGCUUGCAGAAAUGUACAUCAAAGAUAGCCAGAUCCCUCCCGGGAUGACGAGAAUAAACUCGGCGAAAUAUAUCCUUCGCCCCGAAGCCAUCGAGUCGGUGUUCCUCAUGUACCGCAUCACCGGCGACGAAACCUGGCGAGAAAAGGGCUGGGAGAUGUUCAAUGCUAUUGAGCGUGCGACGCGGACGAAUUUUGGCAACUCUGCCAUCGCAGACGUCAACGGCGAAGCGACCAUUUUCGAGGACGAGAUGGAAUCCUUCUGGAUCGGUGAAACGCUCAAGUACUUUUACUUGCUUUUCAGCGACCCAGAUGUGGUUAGUUUAGACGAAUAUGUCCUCAACACCGAAGCACAUCCCCACAAACGGCCCCUCGCCCGGUGA